AUGCUGGGGACUUCCUCAGCCCAACCUACGCCGCUGCCUCACCUGGGGAUCCCUACGGCCCGUCCCACUCCACCACCAAACACAAUGCAGCUCUCUCUCUCGCAGUGUACAGUAGAACCCCCCAGGCUACCGCCAGGGGAGGCAUCCUGUCAGUCAGCAAAACCGCCUACUCGGUUCUUCCCCCGGCACCAUUGCCGCACCUGCGAGUCCCCAGACAACCUCCCGACGCUGCUGCUACACCCAGGGUCCUGCUUUACCCAACCCGACGUCGCUGCCUGUGGGCCUCCCCUGCCUGCCGACGCCGCUGCUACACCCAGGGACCUGCCUUACCCACCCGACGUCGCUGCCGCGCAUGUGGGCCUGUUCGGCCCCCCUGAUGUUGUUGCCUGUGGGCCUCCCCUGCCUGCCGACGCCACUGCUACACUCAGGGACCUGCUUUACCCACCCGAUGUCGCUGCCUGUGGGCCUCUUCAAACCCUCGACACUGCCGUCGCUCCUGGGUCCUCCUCGGCCCACCGACACCGCUGUGACGCCUGUGGGCCUCCCCUGCCUGCUGACGCUGCUACCUGUGGGUUUCCUCGACCUGCUGACGCCGCUGCUCACCUGUGGUUCCGCUCCGCCCGUGGGACGCUGCUGCCGUGCUGGGGACUUCCUCAGCCCAACCUGAGCUGCUGCCGCACCUGGGGGUCCCCACAGCCGUCACACACCACCACCACACACAAUGCAGCUCUCUCUCAGUCUUGGUCGCCCCGGCAGACAGUAGAACGCCUCCAGGCAACUGCCAAGGGAGGCAUCCUGUCAGCAGGGAAAUCGAGUGGCCUCUGCGUCGGCGACCAAGUCGUUAGCGUUGACGGUGUGAGAGCGUCUGGCUGGACGGGAGAGGAACUCCACAAUGCCUUGAGAUACUCACAGGAUGUAACUAUCGAGGUGUUAAGGGAGAUGGGAGACAGCGCGGAGUCGUCGCAGGUGGUGACGAGCGAGGUCGUUAGAGAGGAGGCGGCCUCUGUCCAGACGGUCACAAAGACCGUGCAUGAAACAGAGGGUUUUAGAAUCGUUGGGGCGCGUUUGAUAUCGGAGAGCGGUAAGGUGGAAUCGGAGGUAACUUUCCCUUCGUCCACGCUCGAAAAUGACGCCCAUGCCAAAUCCACCUAUCACCAGACCCAAAGCGUAGCUCAUUCUGUGUCGAAUGGCAAACAGGAGCACACAGUAACAACUGUAGAGUCGAGCCACAUGGAGUCUGCGCAAGAGUCGGUUGUCCACGUAGAAUCCGUGGUUCAGCAGUCAGGAGCGGCAGUUGUACAGCAGGAAGUUAGCCAAACCCAUUCCAUCACAGCUUCUGCUGAAGGAACAACAGUGGUCGAAGAAGCCGCACCAGCUAUUGAGCCCCAGCCAGUAGAUGAAAAUGCAAACUCUAUCCCGGACGAACCCGAAGCUGCUCCCGCACCACCCCCUGAGCCAGAACCAGAAACAGAACCCAUUCCAGAACCGGCAGUAGAACCUUCUCCUCCAGAGACUGUCCCUGAACCUGCAGCAGCCGAACCUGGCUCAGAGCCUGCCCCUGAACCUGAGGCCGAAGUUGCAGUAGAACCUGUUGUUGAGGCUGCUCCUGAGCCAGAACCCGUUGUUGAGGCUACUGCUCCUGAGCCAGAGGCAGCCCCAGAACCAGAACCAGCCCCAGAACCAGAGCCUGUUGCUGAGGAGGCUGCACCAGAGCCUGAGGCAGCCCCUGAACCUGUUGCGGAAGCUGCCCCUGUGGUAGAGGCCCCACCUCCCGUAGAAGAAGUCAAAGAAGUUUCAGCAGCUGAGGAAAUCAGCCAAGAGAACAUCAAAACUCAGCUUCAUGAGAUAAUCAGUGAAAUUGAGCAAGAGGUCAUUCCAGAACAGGAUGAGGUAAAGGCAACGGAGGUACCAGGAACUAAACCAGUUGAGGAGGCAAUGCCAGUGGAAGCGUCUCAACCGGUUGUAGAACCUCAACCAGUUGAAGAGUCUAAGCCGGUUGAAGAACCACAACCAGUUGCACAGACAGAACCGUUUGUCUCACCACAACCGGUUCCUGAGCUGCAACAGGUUGAUGGUCAAGUGCCUCCUGGAUAUGAGGGUGAAAUGGAGGAGUACGAAUAUUAUGACGAGGAUGGAACUCUGCACCACACCUGGAGACCGAGGGGGAAGUACAGCGUUCCGAAGACCGAGAUUGUGUACGAAGACGUGGUACCCAUCCAGGUUCCGGACGUGAAGCUCUCACCUUUGGCUCAGAAACCUCAGCCUCCUCCACAACAGGUGAUCCAGCAGGUUGCACCCCCAGGUGUGGUCACUAACCAAAUCCCGAAUAACGUGGAGAGCCUCACCAACGGUGAUGUUCCAGUCGAUCUUGCCCACAUUGAAAUUCCCGAAGGUAUUCCUCUCCUGGCCAGAAUUCUCCCCAAGACUGACCAAGGACUGGAGGGAGACAAGAAGAUAAGUCUAGAGCGCCUGUUCACCCCUGCCACCGACUCUGGAGAUCUUACGCCGAUAAAAAAGAAGGCCUUCGCAUCUUCGGCCUUCUACCGCCCCGACCAUCCUACCAUCGAUGACCAGGUGGAACUGGCCCAGCGCAUCUCAUUCUCUCUCGUGGACGAGAACAACAAGAUGAGUCGUGGCCAGUCCAUGUACAUGAAGAGGAAGAAGAGGUCCAUGAGAUGGAUCCAUCAAGGGGAGGAGGGAGAUGAGGACUACGAAGGUCCUGGAAUGGAUGGCAUGGAUGAUGACUUGAUGCGACCACCUGCCCGACGUCCUGUUUCCAUGCCUCCCCUUGACGAAGGAGACAACAAAGAGAAACCCGCCAUGAAGCUUCUGAUGAGUUCGAAGGGCGUGCAGGAUUUCCACCAGGUGCAGGAGCACUACCAGAACCUGAUGAACCAGGCCCCUCCAAGUCCAGAGGUCAACAAGGUCAUCACAGAGAUCGCCAGUCCUUCAGGCAAAGGAGCCGAGCUCUUCGCCAAGCGGAAGAAGAGGAUGGACAAAUUCAUCGUCGACGAGACGACCGUCCAGAAAUCGCAGCAGACUUCGAUCACGCAACAGUCUUCCGUUUCCUCCUCCUCCACCUCCUUCAGCAGCCUCAGCAGCAGCAGCAGCACCAGCCAAAAUGUAAGCAGCAAAAAUACUCUGGGCACCAAGAAACAGGCCGAAAUGGAGAGAGACAAAGAGCAGGACAGGAUUAUGGAAGAGUUCCUCAAGAACAGGAGUGCCAGCAUCGUCAUGGUAAAGUCCCCCUGGAACGCUGCCCUAGAGACAGGUUGUGCUGCCGAUGCCUUCGAAGAUAAGAGAACGAGAUUCCAGCUUGCCGAGACGUUGUGCGGGAGAGCGGAGUCGAAAGCCUCCUCCGUGCCCCGUUGGAUGGAGAUGCCCAGGCCUGCCCCGAUUGCGACUGGAUUAUCCAUUGCCCCACCAGCAGCUGCACCAGGCUCCUUCAAUCUCCCAGAUAUCUCUAAGAUCUUGACCCAACCUACUAGGCCUACUACUAAAUCAGAACCUUCCAAGCCUAAACCAGAACCUUCCAAGUCUAAACUGGUGCCAGCAACCACUCCUGCAGGUGGUGGCAAUGGUGGAGGCAGGGCGACGCCAAAUCGUCCCUAUCAGACCAAUGCAGCUAGCAACAACAAAGUGGCAGACAAUAUCCCUGCUCGCUCUCAUGCUUCUACUCCGCCUUCAGCAGCCACCUUCGCUAGUUGCCCCAAGCCUGUCGCCAAGACUUUCUCUCCCUUGUGUUUUCCCCCUACUGGUGUCUCCAGCUCCCAAAGAACUACUGCGGAUUCUCCUAUUCAGAGUGCUUGUUCUCCUAAACCUCUUGCAAAAGUCUUUUCACCUCUUUGUAUCUCGCCCAGCCCACUUUCCUGGUCUGUUCAUACACCUACUGGCUCACCCGUUCCGACAAGCCACAUUAACCGCAUGGCUGCUGUGAAAUCAUCACCUAAGCCUUUAAUGUGUACUGGAAACUCUGCAUCAUCUUCUCCUGUGCCAACUGUCAUAUUUAAACCCAAACCUUUAGACCUCUCUAAGUUCCAUGAAAGAAUUGCCUCCUCCCAGUCUACUCCUGCACUUGCAACUAAUAAUAAAAAGUUUCCAGUAAGUGGAACUAAUGUCUCUGUAAGUAAUUCUUCUUAUUCCAAGGCUGCUGUUUCCUUCUCUGCUGAUAAAUCUAAAGUUUAUGCUCCAGUAGAUUCUGCAACUGCCUCUCCUGCUGCCACUGCACCUCUUAAGCAACAGAGACCAUUUCCUGCAUCGUCGUCAUCCUCCUCCUCCUCCUCAGUGAUCACACCUUCCACUAACAAUGAAACUUCACACAAGGACGAGAGCCAAGAUACACUUAAACCAGGAAGCCCACCAUUAAUAGUCAUGCCAAAUGGUACGGAAAUGGUGCUGAAUGGUUGUGAAGCAAUGGUGAAUGAAGCAUUGAGUAAGAUGGAAACCAAAACCAGCUAUCAGCAGAUCCAACACAAGGGCAUUGCCAAUGUGGAUCUGGAAAAAGGCCCUACCUUUCUACCAUCUACCAAUGAUUCAUCUUUAAAUCAGAAAGAUUUAAAAGGUACCAGUUCUGCCCAGUCAAACAGUAGCUGUAGUGUAACUUCUACAAGUACUGGAGCUUCAUCCAAUAUCAUUCAAAAGGAUAGCUGUGUGAAAAAUAUCACAACCACCUUAAACAACAGACCUGCUCGGCCCACAUCUCUCCCCCUUAUCUCCCUAUCUUCACUGAUACACAACGUUUCACAGUUACAGUCUCCAUCUCCUCCCUCAGUUCCCCCCAUUACUCCUCAGUUCCAUAACAAUAAGUCUGCUUAUGAUAAUCUCUCUAGUGCAUGCAACAGCUUACCACAAUUUUCUUUAGCAAGCGAGCCUUCCUUUUGCAAGGAUGCUUCUAAUGGCAAUAGUUAUCACCCUAUUUCAUUAGCAGGAGAAUCUGAUUCUACAAGUUUGGUUAACAAAGAGAGGAUUGAUUUGCCACCUCAUAAGGUUGCAGUCAUAUCCUCUCUGGAUACCACUGCCUCUGUAUCUUCUGAAAAACUCUCUAAUACUCUGUCAUCUUGUACAGCCUUAAGCAAGACUGAGACAUCUGCAGUUUCUGAGUCUAUGAGCACUGAACAGAUUAAAGUUAUUGACUCACAAGUCAGCCAUACUUCUGAAUUAAAGGCAGUGCAUCAUAGUUCUGACACUAAAACCAAAAUUAUACACAGCACUGAUGACUCAAUAUCUAGAACUGUCCAUUCAGGUAGUUCUGUCAGCUUAGUUAGUAUGUCAGAAGACAAAGAAGGUACACAUAAAGAUGUCAAAAUGAUCAAGAGAAUCCCUCAGCUAAAGUCACUGGGUGAAUUUAAAGGAUAUGAUUUUGUAGAAAGUCCUCUUCCUAUCCCAAAAAUUCAACUUUACGAUUACCGAAAACGAUCAUCCUUGAACGAGGAUGAACUUCGAGAUUUUUUAAGCGACUGGGAGAAAUCCUUUGAGAAUUCCUCUCUGAUUGAUACCAUUAAUGUUACUGACCUUCAUCCCCCUGAUUUCUACCGAAGUGUAUCAAGAGCAAGUUACAAUGAGGAAGUUGAAGAAUCUGAGCAACCUUUCGUGAAUGACCUAGAUACAGAGAGUGACGAUUUCAGUUUGCAGGAGAAAGAUAGUUGUGCUGCAGAUGUCACACACUCAGAUAAAGAGAUGGACAGCUCUAGAUGUAAUCAGUCCCAGGCCAAUAGUGAACACAUCCCUAGCUCACAUAAACACUCAGAGAAACCAGUUGCACAGCAAACAGAAAAGGUAUUAGAGAAAGUUGAAAAGAAGGAUGCAGAGACAGUGGAAAUUGGGAAGGUGGAGGACAAAAUAGAGGGGGGGGUGGAAGUAGUAGUUGAUGGGAAACAGGCACUGACUGAACUCACGAGUACCCGACAGGGUACUGAGAUGAGUCUCAUGUCCGCUAAGACACCUCCGCCAAUGACUUCUUCCUUGCUGUCAUGUGGCACCAACAAUCCUCCCGAUCCCUCCUCAUCCACAGGGGCUGGUGCCAUUUAUACUGCCGAGGUGAAGGUCGUCCAACGAGCUUCGCUUCCUCCAACACCAGUUGAUGUGCCCCAUCACUCGCUGCUGGACCUGGUCACCACCACUGAGCAAAUCGACAAGCGCCGCUCGGCCAGCUUCAACCUAGCGGCCAAGGGCUGGGGGACUUACAACAACUUCUACACGCCCGUGAAAGUCACCACGCAAUCCUAG